AUGGCGGACGAAGAUGUCGGUAUAUCCAGUGUGUGAUUUCUUCGGAUCCAAAUACCAUAAUUAUGCCUGGGAUUUUCAGAUUCGGAGUCCUUCCUAUGAUCAGACAAACGUUCUUGCUAGACAACCAGUUUUCUACAUACCAACGAUGUAAUUUGACGAUAUGCGCCAUAGCAGUCAAAAGAAACCUGUCUUCUUUUCGAGAGAGAAAACGGUUUUAUAAUAAAGCAGGUAUCGAGGAAGUUGAAGGUGGUUAUCAGAUCACAGUGGACAACAAAAAGGUGAAAACACCAGCUGGAAAUCUUCUUGUUGUUCCCAGUAAACCUUUGGCCAUGGCAGUAUCUGUAGAGUGGAAUUCACAGGUUGACACCAUCAAACCAGCAAAUAUGCAUCUGACUUCUCUCAGUAACACUGUGAUUGACAAUCCACGGACAAGAAAUCAUGAUCAGCAAAUUUCACACAUUUUAGAAUUUUUGAGCUCGGACAGUAUUUGCUUUUUUGCGGAUGAACCUGAAGAGUUAGUGGAUCUACAAAGAAAGGAAUGGAUACCUAUCAUGGAAUGGUUUAACAACAAGUAUUCAGUACCUGUUGAACCAAGUCAUGGUCUGCUUGCGGCGACCAUACCAGACGAUGCCGAGGAACGACUAAAGGCUCAUCUGACACCACUUGACAGCUGGUCCCUAACCGGCCUCGAGUUUGCUGUGGAAACAUUGAAGUCGUUUAUUCUUACAAUGGCACUCAUCGAAAAUCACCUCACAGUGGAAAAAGCUGUUCAUUUGUCCAGACUAGAGCUAGAAUUUCAGAUAAGCCGGUGGGGUAGUGUGGAAUGGGCGCACGAUCUGGAGUUGAUGGAGACCAGGAGUAGGGUGGCUGCCGCUGUUUUGUUUUACAGUCUAAAUAACAGACGUAGAACUUUACCAUCAAGUUCAUAAUCAUCUCUCUUUCUAGAGCAUCAACAUAUUUUGCUCCUCUUGAUGUGUGUCGACAGUGCUUAAGACUCCUUUGUAGGAUCCGGACCGCGUCAGGAUAACUUUUCAACCGAAAAAAAUGGUAUUUUUACGGCCGGAAAAUGUACUAGAAAUUGAAAGAGCUUGUUAGUUUUGUUGCUUGUUAGUUAGAGUAUCCUUGGUUAAUGUAAUCCAUAUUUAAUAGUUUGAAACCUUACUGGUGAGUUUUUUCCUUUGAAAUUCCUUUUGAGCCUUACAGCUAACUGAUUUCUAUUUUUUUCCUUAAAAUUUUCAGAUCGACCCUUUACAUUUACGAGCAAGCAAAAAAAAAUCAUACAAAAUAUUUAAUCGCACAUAGUAUGUCUAACUGACUCAUUAAAAUCCCAUCUAACAA